AUGAUCAAAGGAAAGAACCUACCUUCAAUUAGUGAAGGAAUGGUGCGCCAUACAUUCGCUAUCAAAAUUCCCUCUAAAGUAGUCCUUUUUGGCGGUUAUUCCGCGGGUUCGGGUGCAUUUCUAUGUGCUGCCCUUUCCGUCCGAGCUGAAGGCCAGAUAAACAUUACUGAACGAUCGCAACAAUCAGCUACUUUUCGGAUCUUUCGUGAACAGGCGUGCAGUCGUGUUCCACCCCAUUUUCAUCUCUUGCCACUCGGUACGGAUAUUGAGAUGAAGAGCCAAGUUAAGGUAGCGCAUGGAAUGGGUACUAGUGCUAUUAUGGCCGUAGCUGUAGCUGCUGCCCAUGAAUCCUGGCGCUUUGUCCGUUUGGGUAGUAAAAGAGGGUUUGGUUUGACUGAUGAGAUAAGGCGGCGGCUGAGUAAAGGUGCUUUUGAAAUUGAAAAUCGGUUUUGUGGGGAAGUAGUAGGAGUAGAUCAUACAACAAUUAUUCGUGGUGGCCUAAUCUUUUAUCGUGCUUCUGAUAAGAAGAAGCAUCGGGUUAGAAAUAGUCGGCUGCAUCUUUUUGCCGAUCAUAACUUGAUUCUUUGGGAUGUAGCUGCGGCUCGCAAAGGAAUUAAAGCGGGUUGGGAGCCACGCGAGCAUAAGGAAUGGCCUAAUGUUUGUCAACGCUUAGCUGAACUGGCUGAGCUGGCUGCUGAGGAGAUUAGAAAACGGCUGCCUUCUUUACAAGUGCUUUAUAGGUACAUGCGAGAAGGUUUAGAUUUACUAGUGAAGGUUGGACUGACCGUUCCGGAAAUUGAUGCUGAGUUAGCAGAGAUAAGAAAGCUAGGGAUGGAAGCUAUGCUAGUUAAAGGCGGAGUUGGCGGGUACUUGUACUCUAUUGUACCUAAAGAUACUAAGCUGAGACCGGGUUGGUUUAUUGGUGAAAUUGAUGAGGAUGGGAUGGAGAUGACUUAUUUAGGAGCAGUACCUUUACUUAGUUAA